AUGAAGGUCUCGUCUAUUCUCACCUUCCUCACCUCGAUCGUACCCGCCGCCAUGUCCCAGCAAGUCAAUCGCAGCGCCACUAACGGCUGGGGUUCGACGCCCUCGCAGCGCCACUAUAUCAACCAUACCCAAGCCUUGCAGGUCAUCAAUGCAGGAAUCCAGCGUGCAGAGGCCAUAGGGGACCAUGUUUCGUUGACGAAAAUUAUGGGCAAUAAAAGUGUACCGCAAAACAUUGCAGUGCUCGAUCCGUCGUCGUGGCUUGUGGCUUUUGUCCAUAUGGAUAAUUCUUUUCUGGGAAGCAUUGACAUCUCUCAGAAGAAGGCCAAAACCGUGGUGCUCUACAACGGCAUCCCGAACAACGCCUUGCAGAAUCGCAGCGAGCCGGGCGGUGAUCUCUGGGGCAUCCAGGAAACCAAUGGUGGUACGGUUGUCUUUGGCGGUGGUCAACCAAUCUUUGAUCCUGAUGGAUACUUCAUCGGCGCGGUGGGCGUGAGCGGAGGUACCGUGGAGCAGGACAUUGAUGUGGCGGUGCAUGCGGCGCAGAGCAUCGGCACGACCGUCACCUCGUCGUCGUGA